AUGAGCGGAUGUCCACAUAAAUAUAAAGUUAAUACUGAAUGUCCACGAUGUAAACAAAGUAUUUGUGCUGAAUGUUUUUCAAUGAGUGUUAAAGACCAUUCUGAGUGUCCUGUUUGUAAAAGUCCAUUAACAGUAGCGUUCUUGAUUGAUUUAUGUCAUAAAGAAGCAAUUCCAAAUUUUAAAUCUGUUCAAAAAUUUUUAGUUGGAAGUUCGAUUCCAAAUAGAAAACGAUGUUCUGUAAGUCUUAAUGCUGAUGUUUCAAAACUUCCAGGUACUAUGGGGUCUAGUAUUGCACGUUCAACAUUUUCAGGUAUGAGUGAUACUACACUUUUUAUUGAUGAAAGUACAUAUCAAGCAGAUGAUAAUAGUAAUAUAUUUGAACAACCAGAUUCUCCAGAAUUUAUUACAUUUACAAAAGAAAAGGGAUGGGAUUUUCCUAUUAUUCAAACAGCUACAUUACCAAAAAUGAUUCAAGUAAUAACAUCAAAAGAUUUUCAAGAUCCUUAUUUUGCUGAAUGUCUUGUUUUUGGUUAUCCAACAGUAAUGACUAAAGAAGAACUUAUUGGAUUAUUAGUAAAACGAUUUAAUCCUCAAAGACCAGAAGGAAUGAAUUGGGAUGAAUUUGUUAGUUCUAAAUUAUCACCAAUUAGAAUGAAAGUUAUGGGAUUUAUUAGGUCAUGGGUUAAUUGGAGAUUUAGCGAUUUUGAUGAUAUUGAUAUGAGAACAACGUUAGAAUUACUUAUUGGAAUGUAUGAAACCUUUAAACCAAAAAUGGCAAAAUUUAUGAAAGAUUUCAUUGAUAAACAAGAAAAAAAGACACAAACACAUAUUAGAGAAUUUACAUUAGGAAAUGAAGCAAAAUAUAUGAAAGAUUUUAUUGAAGAACAACCAAUAUUUUCAUUUUCUAUUAAAGAUGUUGCACAACAAAUAACUUUAAUGCAAUUUGAUAAAUUUAGAAGAAUAACAGUUGAUGAAUUGUUAAGUCAAAUGUGGACAAAAAAAGAUAAUAAAACACUUACUCCAAAUAUUGUUGCAAUGAUGCAAUUAACUAACAAAAUAUCAUAUAUUGUUCAAAAUAUUAUUCUUUCAUUUGUAAAAUUAAAACAUCGAAUAUUUGCUAUUGAAUUUUUCAUUAAAGUUGCAGAAUACUUAAAGAAAUUAAAUAAUUUUGAUGGAUUUAAAGCUAUACUUGCAGCCUUAGAUUCAUCACCAAUUUAUCGAUUAAAAGAUACUAAAGAUGGAUUAAGUGAAGAAUCAAUUAAAUUACUUACUGAAUUUCAGUCAAUAGUUAAUUAUGAAUCAAACUUUAAAAAAUUAAGAGAAAUUACUGCAAUAUGUGAACCACCGUGUAUUCCAUUUUUAGGUUCUACAUUAGGAGAUUUGGUUUUUACUAAAGAAAAUGAAAAAAGUGAAAAUGGACAAUUAAAAUUAGUUAAUUUCUUCCGUGUUAGAACAUAUGGUUCAAUGUUAAGAGAAAUUGUAAUGAAACAAGAAACUUCAUUUCCUUUUUAUUAUUGUAAAAAUCUAAAAGAACUUAUUGAACAAUUUGAAUUUGAAGAAAAUGAAGAUAAAUUAUUUGAGAAAAGUAUUAAUGUUGAACCAACAAGAAAUAAAGAAAUAAGUAAAGAAGAUAAAAAGAAAAUUAAUAAAGCAAAAGGAGAUGUUGAAAACCUUUGGAAAAAAUAUCAUUCAUUUUGGAAGAAAACAAUGAAGAUUGAAGCUGUUGUGAGUAAAUAA